UACUUUGUUCUCAGCAAAAACCCGUCUCUCUGCAUCUCUGUUCGCUGACACAUUCCUGACUCACUGAUCGAUAUUUGAAUAUAAUAGAACAAACAUACUUAUUCUGGCAAUUUCCUUAAGACCCACCCAGUGACGUGGCGUAAAAGGGGGGGAGGAGGACUUAAUGACUCCUGGACUGCAGAUGCCUUUACACUAGGAACACAAGCAAGAAAACCGGAAAUAUCACCUCUAUGUUUAUUCCACCCGCCGCGGACUCCUCGUGACUUUCCCUCCCUCAGUACCAGGCUCCGUUAGAGACGGGGUGUAACUUUCUCUUUUAUUUUGAUGGGAAGAAAACAGUAAAGCUUCUGAAGAUGGAAAAAGGAAAUCCACCACAGGAUUUAGCUCCACCGUACCCCGGCCCACCUAUCAACUAUGGAAGUGCAGUGCAGCAGCCGGGGACGUACCCUCAGCCGGGGACGUACCCUCAGCCGGGGAUGUACCCGCAGCCGGGCUUCCCGUCCGCUGGGCCUCCGCCUGCUGUGUACCAGGGAGGUCUGUGUCCGACCCGGUCGACAAGCUGAUUCUGUAACACCACGUGACACCAUUCUCUUUCAAACAAAUGGACCUUCAUUUUCAAGCUGCGUGCCCUACAUUGUGGCCCCGGUUCCAACCACCUCCACAGUGACUCACUUGGUUGUAACACCGGCGCUACAGGACGUCCCGGGACAAACUGUGUGUCCCCAGUGCCAGCAGACAGUGAUGACGCACACAGAGCACACUGCCGGCCUGCUGACCUGGGCCAUCUGUGGGGGCCUCGCCUUCUUUGGGUGUUUUCUCUGCUGUUUCAUCCCGUUCUGCAUUGAUUCCUGUCAGGAUGUGGAGCACCGCUGUCCUUCUUGCCAAAACGUCAUCUACAUAUACAAGCGAAUGUAAAAUUGAGAAUGAAUGGAGGUAAUUUCCUAAUGCUUGUUUGUAGCCUCUGUUGCUCUACACUUUUUAAUGUAUUAUUAUACAAAAUGUACUUAUCCUAUGUACUUAUCUCCAUUGUGUCACUCUUUCGCCCUAUCAUUAAAUGCUUUUUAUAUGCAUUGUA